CGUCGUAAGAAGUAUAAGAGCUGCUUGACCCCUCAGUACCCGUAAUCUCAUCAACCCAUACUUCUCUCUCGAUACUAUCAAUCUAUACAUCCUUCUUUUCUCUGAAAUCUUUACAAUGCAGGCCGCUAAGCCCUGGAAUAAUGACUGUCUCGAGGUUAUUAUGGACAAAGAGGACUACACGAACGCGGUCUGGAACUGGAUCUUACACCAGUGGUUUCCGGCACCAGACUAUCUCAUUGUUCCCGAACUCCUCUUUGGCGGUGGUUGGGCAGAUCUCGGUGUUAUGAAGAUAGGGAACCCCGACAGGCUCAUAGUUGUCUACGAGGGUAAAAAAUCUGGCGGAUCGUACCAUACGAUCGGCCAUGCCAUGAACCAAGCAGUGGCAUGCGCAAAAGCCUACAAAAGUUCGCCAGCCUUGAUAGCCGCUCUAGGGACGAGUUUUGUCUUUGCCAACACCGAUGGCAAAUCAGCCACUUGUUUCACCGCUGAUAAAGAAGGCAUUUCGGAUAUCAGAACGGUCUGGGAUGAUAUCGGGCCAAAACUAGUGCAAAUCAAAAACGCACUUGGAGCUGGCGGCCUCUGAAAGGACCAGCCUCAUGAGAUGCAGCGCGAGUAACUGGGAGGGGGUGGUAAUUGGGCAGGAAAGAAGAAUCCUAGGGCUUUCGCGAUACAUAGUGUUCAUGGAAUGCAAUUCUAUCAUAUCGCCGAGGGCUGUGCGUGGAUAGAUCUUAUACAUCACUCCUUCAAUGAUAUCUUACUAGGUUAUAAAUUGGGCACAC